UGCAGAUCAGUGCGUGCCACCAAUGCGUGCCACCGCUCGCCCCAGGUUGGUCAGCUGACCGACGGUCGGUCUGGUGACUGUCAAACCCGUGAAGCAGCACCGAGUCCCGGACACAAGCUCCACCAGACCAGGCCGAGGCCGGUCUCUGUGUCCCCGCUAAAGGAGCCUCCGAACCCGGACUGAUUACUGACAUCCCCCGCUGUACCCUGGAGCCCGGAUCUUUGGCUUAGACAAGCUGCGCUCGGAGCACCCAGAGUCGGACCCUCGGCUGUGUGACCCCGUAAGCCCCCCAGCCGGCCCCCGGCCCCGGUAGCCCCCAAUGACCCCCAUGGCUGUGCUGGACCUCGCCAUGCAGGGACUGGCCGUGUUCGGCUUCAUCCUCUUCUUCGUGCUGUGGCUGAUGCACUUCAUGUCCAUCAUCUAUGUGCGUCUCCACCUCCAUAAGAAGAGGUCGGAGGUGAAGCAGCCGUUUGCUCAGCUGGCCGGAGUCUCUCUGCUGAAGCCUCUGAAAGGAGUAGACCCCAACCUCAUCUCCAACCUGGAGACCUUCUUCACUAUGGACUACCCCAAGUAUGAGAUCCUGCUGUGUAUCCAGGAUCUAGAUGACCCAGCUGUAGAUGUGUGUAAAAAGCUGUUGGGGAAAUAUCCCAACGUAGACGCUCGACUAUUCAUCGGGGGGAAGAAAGUGGGAAUCAACCCCAAGAUCAACAACCUGAUGCCGGGCUACGAAGGAGCCAAGUACGGCCUGGUCUGGAUCUGUGACAGCGGCAUCAGAGUGAAACCUGACACUCUGACAGAUAUGACCAAUCAGAUGACAGAGAAGGUGGGAUUGGUCCACGGGUUACCGUACGUCGCUGACCGCCAAGGCUUCGCCGCCACACUGGAGCAGGUGUACUUUGGGACGUCCCACCCCCGGUCCUACAUCUCGGCCAACGUGACGGGGAUAAAGUGCGUGACGGGAAUGUCCUGUCUGAUGAGGAAGGACGUGCUGGACCAGGCCGGAGGACUGGUGUCCUUCGCCCAGUACAUCGCCGAGGACUACUUCAUGGCUAAGGCCAUCGCUGACAGGGGCUGGAAGUUCUCCAUGGCGACGCAGGUGGCGAUGCAGAACUCAGGCUCUUACUCCAUUGGUCAGUUCCAGUCCCGCAUGAUCAGGUGGACCAAGCUGAGGAUCAACAUGCUACCUGGCACCGUGCUGGAGCCCGUCUCCGAGUGCUUCCUGGCCAGCCUCAUCAUUGGCUGGGCUGCUCAUUAUGUGUUCAGGUGGGACAUGAUGGUCUUCUUCAUGUGUCACUGUCUGGCCUGGUUUAUCUCCGACUACAUCCAGCUCACAGGAGUUCAGGGCGGGGCUCUGUGCUUCUCUAAGCUGGACUUCGCGGUGGCCUGGUUCAUCCGAGAGUCUCUGGCCGUGCAGAUCUUCCUGUCGGCGCUGUGGGACCCGACCAUCAGCUGGAGGACCGGUCGCUACCGGUUACGCUGCGGAGGCACCGCCGACGAGAUCCUCGACGUCUAGUCGCCACGGCAACGCCCAAAACCUUACCCGCCGCGGCAACCGCCUGGCACCUUCACAGAGAGAGAGAGAGAGAGAGAGAGAGAGAGAGACUGUUUUCUGUUUUUUAUCAGGUGUGUGUGUGU